CUCUUCCAUCAAGCAACUGAAACUUGAAGGGUUCCACAAACAACAAACCCUUUUCCAUUUUCUUUUUCAUUUCGAGAAAAUGAAAAACGAGUUCAGAAGAAUCUUUCUACCUCCGAGUCCGAAAUAUCCAUAAAGUCGGAGGAGCAACAACACCACGGAAACCGAGCAGCGUUGGAACUGUUAUUUAACUUCUCACUUCAACAAGUGUUUGGUUCCUCAAACAACCCCUCAUUUAUAAACUCGCGCUAUACGAAUUUGAAAUGAGGUUGAACGAGAACGCUAUGAAUUGGAUUGGCGUAACAGUUGGUGGCCUCGUUGGCAUAGUUGGUGCCAUAUUCGCACUCAGAGAUUCCAAAAUGGCGAUUCCGUUUACCUUGUCAUGGUCCUUUGGUAGAGACAAUAGCUUCCAGAAAUCGCUGUUGGUUCCCGGUUUACAAAACCUACACAACAACUGUUUCCUCAACGUCGUUUUGCAGGCUCUCGCUAGCUGUUCUUGCUUUAAGAGUUUUCUUUGCAGCGUGAUUGGAGAGUGCGGGACUAAGGAGGUGGAUGAAAACAUGCCCCUUGCAAUUUCUUUGGCUGCUUUAGUGGAAGAGCUGAGUUCAGUUAGUGCAGAAACGGUUAUACUGAGUCCACAAAAAGUGAUGAUUGCCAUGUCCAAUUACAUUCCAAACUUUAAUCUGACUAGCCAGCAGGAUGCUGCUGAAGCGUUUCUUCAUCUGUUAUGCUCUUUGAGAGAAGAAUUUGGAGGUUGUUAUGCUCCAAAGAUGAGUUCUUUAGCAGACAUUUUUGCUUCUAAUAAUAGAAUUCUUACUCCAAUACAUAGGGAAUGGCUGAGUGAGCAGGAGAGAUGGCAGCAGCUCUUCCUUGGACCUUUUGAUGGGAUUCUUAGCAGCUGCCUAACCUGUCAAAGCUGUUCAUCCCAGAUCUCAAUUAAUUUUGAACAUUUUGAUUGUUUGCCUCUUUCACCUCUGCUUAGUGAUAGUUCCACCAUGACCAUAUGCUGUAUGCCUCGUGGCAUCCUGAUUGUUACAUGUGACAUGUUACAGAGAGUUGGUUGUACACUGGUGGAUUGCCUGAAACAGUUCAUUGCUGCUGAACAUGUUGAAAAUUAUCACUGCAGCCACUGUUGGCAUAAUGCUGCAAUCAAGUAUCUCUCUGUAAUGGAAGGAAGUGAGGUAGAACUUGAAAAGCUAAGGAGAUGUUCUGACCAUGAAAUCUGUGAUUGUCGAAAAAUGAAUAAUCUUGAGAAACUACCCUGGUCAAAUAGGUUUUCACAUACUUUGAAGCAGCUAAGUAUUGCUCGGUGUCCAAGGAUUUUAUGCAUCCAAUUGAAAAGAGUUCAUAUGAAUUAUUUUGGAGAGCUAGUCAAACUGCAGGGCCAUAUUUCUUUUCCAUUGAUUUUGGAUGUGUUGUCAUUCACGACAACUAGGCUGGGACUAAAGAUACAGGAGGUAGACGUACAGAGUUUCCCAUUAAAUCUGAAGUAUAACAAAAGAAACACUUUGCCAAAUCAUUAUAUUCUGCAAUCUGAGAUGAGAAGUUUGAAAUCCAGUAGCAUUUAUGGAGCAUCAAAGGAACAGAUGUAUUCAGAUGAUCUAAUUGACAGUGGAUUAGACUCCUCUACAAGUGGACAGACACUUCGUAGUGAAGCUGUAUUUCCCUGCUCUGGCUCUUCCAAAAGCAUUCACUUAGACACACAUAUGCAAUGCACUGACAAGGUGGAUGGUUCUUGUAAUUUAGUUUCUCAAGAAACCUGUUUGUAUCAACUUGUUUCUGUUGUGGAACACUUUGGAAGAGCUGGAAGCGGGCAUUACACUGUUUACAGAUGUGAGAGAGUGGAGCCCUCAGAAGCUGGCUCUGAUGAUUACUCCAAUCAAACUCCAAUGCACUGGUUUUGUGUUUCAGAUUCUCAAGUGCAGGCUGCUUCAGAGGAAGAUGUUCUUUCCAGUGAGGCCAGCUUACUUUUCUAUGAGAGAAUUCCAGAGAACUGAAAAAAAUCCUUGGAAAUUCUUGUUUCAAGAAGUGCAUUGGUUGACAUGUUCAGAGUCACGAGACUUCGAAAGUCCAUGGUGUGGCAUUCUUAGACCAGAAGCGGUAUAAGAACAUGUGGAAGCCGUUCCAAAAUGCUAGACAAGGUUCAGUACACUGAAAAAAGAACAGCCACGUUUGAGCUUUUGAGAAGGGUAAUUACAAUGAAGGUAUAAACAAUCACCAGGAAUGGUUAUUCGGUUCUUUUUGUGUACUCAGAAUGGUUAUUCACUUGUCCCCUUGUUGUAGUUAUACCCAUCAAAAGCUCUUUAAAGUAUCCCUAAAAAGUGAUUGUCCCAACCGCUACAGUUGCAGCGGAAAGCUUAAGCUUAUGUUAAAACUUGAAAGGGUGGUUGACCGGGAGCCAUGCGUAGGGAAUGUGGUUUUCAGUGCUGGGAUUAUUGCUGUCUGCUGAAUGUUCGUUGUCCUUACCGUUCCCUAGAAAUGCCUGCGAUAAAUUACCCCUUUGACCAAUUAUUUUAUGGAAAAUGCUUACUACCACAUU